UAACUCCUUUUUCCCGUCGAUGUUGGUCGACUCCAAGGCGAUCAAAGCCCUGAUCGGCUGUAAGACGCCUGGCCCCCUACUAAAUGGCCGUACAUCGAUGCGAGGUUCUUCGAUAAUUAGACCCCAAGACGCCUUACGGCCUGAAAAUAUUCAUAUCGUUGAAUAUCAAAAUGCAACUGCCUCCUCCUUCGGUUAUUGCCAGCUGGCCAACGCCCAAUUAUGUCAACCCGGAAACGAGAGGUCAUCUAGGAAUGGUAGUUGGCCUCUUACUUUCUGGGCUUGUUACGAUUACUCUAGCGAUUCGAUUAUACGCUCGAAAGUGGCUAACACGAGGCUUCGCGCUCGAUGAUAUCUUCAUAUUGUUGGCAUAUUUUCCUACCACGGCAUUUACGAUAAUCGGCGUUGUUGCGGAAGAAAGCCUCCAGUGGAACAGACAUAGUUGGGAUGUUGAAAAGAGGUUCAUCGUCCCAGGUUUACAACUAACUCUUGCCAACGAAAUGCUAUUCGACCUAGCAACAAAUUUACUAAAAUUAUCGAUACUCACACAGCUUUAUCGGCUUAUGGCUGCCACAAGUGCCCGGAAGAUGACUAUUGCUGUGCUGGUGUUGAUGGCAAUCAUUAGUCUCGACUUUUUCGCCUUCAUUAUGGUCAGCAUACUUCAAUGCACGCCUUUAUCAACAUUUUGGGAGCUCUCGCCCGGGCCCCAGAAUUGUAUCAACCAAAACGCGCAUCUGAUAGCUACUAAUAUUAUCAAUACCGUCACGGACUGGGUUGUAGUGAUUCUCCCAAUUGGAGCCGUGCUUAAUUUGAGCCUACCUACCAAGCAACUCAGUAUUAUCAUCGUCCUCUUUGGUGUUGGUAUACUUGCGAGCUCCGCGGGGAUCGCAAGAACCUAUUUCUCAUGGAUGUUGACUGUUAAUUACGAUAGCGCCUGGAUCUAUUGGUUGACGUGGUUCUGCAGUGCUAUCGAGCUCAACCUUGGUAUAAUAUGCGCGUCAAUUCCUGCCACGAAACCGUUCUUUGCUAAUUACCUCCCAAAUUUAUUCGAAACCACAAUCAGGGCACGUAGCUGGACUAUAGAUUGGGAAAGAAAGCCGUUGACACAUUCGCAAUCUUUCACGACUUUUAUCGAUCAGUCAUCAUCAUCAACCUUCCUACCGCGACAGCCUACACCACUUCAUACCCAUCACCGAGGCAGUGAUCUCAACAAACCGCUACCUCCUAUUCUAUACGACCAACAUACCGGCCUUGAAAAGCAACCAGAACGCUACGCAGAGCCUAGAUUUCACUCUAGCUUAACGGGGAGCCCCCUAUGGCGGCGCGAAGGUGUGAGAUUUAGUGAUAACCAUGGGCUUCCGGCUCAAAGUAACUUGCAGGCAUUAGAUCGAGCCACAAUCUUGAUCAUGUACCGAGGGGACUCAGACCAGGGGCCUAUACGGCAGUUGCCAAUUCGUGCUUCGACAAAUUGAGUCCAGGGGGGAUACACCCAGUCGACAGGCUCGCGCCGUCAUCUACGAAGCCCACCUACACUCUGCGGGAUCAACGGAGUGAGGCAUUUUAACAAUAUUGAUGCAUAUCGUGCAGAUCAACUGUAUUAUUCAG